UGGAGUGUACACUUUUCCCUUCACAGUGUGGAUUAAAGAAGAAUGCCUAAUGAGGAUAUGAAAUCAAUACAUAAUUUUACAAUCAUUAUGGGCAACAUCAUUAGCUAGAUACACUCAACCAAAGAUAUUACAGGAUUCGAUUUUUGUUGUAGCAGCUAGGUUUUCGACACAAUGCACACAUCUAAACAACGUUAUCUCCCACUGCCCUGUUAGGAGGAGUCCUCGUGGUGGGGGUAUCAAUAGCAAGCUAGCCUGCACACCCCUGGUGCUUUUACUUUGACUAAAGAUUAUGUAUGGGAAAUUGGACAAAGCGAUAAGCUACCUGCGUUUAAAACACAAAGGUCUACGAACCGCAGCAUGCUGAAAAAAGAGGCGAAACAGAAGUCCUCGACAUACCCUCCCAAUUGUAGGCUGGACAAUAGAACGAACCUUGGGUGCUAACGCGUUAGCUUAGCUAGCUGACUGAAUUUACGUCGUUAGCAGAAGUGGACAAUAAAUGCUUUUGCGGGACGCUUCAGGACCGGAGUACAGACCUACUGCUGAAAACCUGAGUGCCCCAAUUGAAGGAAGCUGUCACAGUCUUCCUAGUCAUGGAGAGUGGGGAUGAUGAGAUGGCGAUGACUGUGGAGGAGUGUCAGGGCUGGAUACGGGAGGAGGUGGAGAACCAAGACUUGGUGGCACUCAGGAGGACCCAGCUGGCCCAGAUGCAGAACCGAGUGCAGCGGAAGGAGAAGCAGGCCCUCUGCACCCGCACCCUCUUCAACACCGCCUGCGAGUCUGUGGUGGAGUGUGAGACCGUUGUGAAGGAGCUGUACAGCAGAUUGGGCAUGGAGUACAGAGACACAGACUCGGAGGACGAAGGAGUGGGCAAGCAAAGCAUCAUUGAGAUCGGUGAUGCGGACAGAAACGACAACACCAUGGCCACAGACAGUGUUGCUGCUCCUGAAGCUGCACCUGAAGAAGUCACAGCUACAGACAGUGACACAGAAGAUUACAAUGACAUGGCAUAUGACAUGGAGAGCAUGCCAUCUUCUCCAGCUGUGACCACCCCUUCUGUGACUGUAUCUGUUUCCCCAAAUAAAGCCUCACGCUCUAGUGAUACCCCAGCAACUCCCCUUGCACUGUCAGAGUCUGAACCACCAAGUCCACAGGAAGACCACAGCGAUGAUUAUUCUCCUCCAUCAAAAUCAAAAAAGGUCUUAACAAAACAUCCCAAGUCAAGCAAACGUGGACGGCUGAGAAAAGGUGAAGAGAAGAGAAGAGAACCUGCCGAAGCCACUCCGUUUGUGGUGACCAGCGUGUUGCAAGCGCCGACCCAUGCACCCAACCCCGCGACUCAGCCACCCCCCGGUCUCACAGAGGAGGAGAUCAAGACAGACAUGAUGGUCCUGGCUAGGAGGAGGACCAAUACCUGGCACCAAGGCAGGAUAACAGAAAUCAAACGAACAGAGAAUGGAAGCAGGUAUAAGGUGGGCUUUAGCGAGAAGGGGAGGAGCAUGCUGUCAGGACACCACAUAGCCUUUGACAACACCGCUUUGCUGGAGCAGCUGUACGUGGGCAUGCGCGUGGUGGCCAAGUUCAAGGAUGUCGACCAGUCCUGGUUCUACUCUGGCAUUCUGGCUGAACUCCCCAACCGAAAGAACCGCAUGAGGUUCUUGAUCUUUUUUGAUGACGGCACACCUUCCUAUGUAGGCUUGCCGGAUAUUCACAUUGUUUGCAGACCACUGCCGGAGGUGUGGGAGGACAUAGAGAAUGAGGCCAACAGGGAGUUCAUCAAGGAUUACAUCAAGGUGUACCCCUACCCACCCAUGGCCCAGUACAGACCAGGCCAGCUCGUCAACGUGGAGUUUGAGGGGGUCCAGAGGAGGACGGAAGUAGAGCAGAUCGACUGCAGCUUGUUGUGUGUCGUCUUCAAGGAUGACGAACAUAAGGAAUGGGUGUAUCGAGGCUCUUUGCGUCUGGAGCAUAUGGCCAACAUAAAGAAACGUGCUGAGGAGGCAAAGGAUAAACCAGCAGUGACACGGCCCAACACUGGUAAAUGGGGAUCAGUUUCGACUACUAAUACCAUCCACCAGACUAGCAUGGCCAAUGCCAGCAAACCGCACGUCAACCCCUCCGCACCCUUAGGGAGGCCCUAUGGCCAGGACCGUACAACCGACAAGUCGUCUGUCAUCACAGCUAAAGGUUCGGUCACCUUCACCCACCACCGAUGCUGCCCAGCCUGCCUGGACUGCAUCCGGUCAAAGGUCGAGGCCAAGCACCGUGGACGCAACCCGCUGCUCAUCCCCCUGCUCUGCGAGUUCCGCCGCAUGAAAGGCCGCCGCCGGGUCAAUAACAAGACGUAUUUCCACAUCUUCUACCAGUCGCCGUGUGGCCUCAGCCUGAGCAACAUGACUGCGGUGCAGGACUACCUUCAACAGACCCGCUGUGACUUCCUCUUCCUGGAUAUGUUCUGCCUGGACCCCUUUGUGUCUGUGACCACCACCCACCAACCCCGGCCCUACAAGAUCAACAUCCUAGACCUGACGCUGGGCAGAGAGAACCAGCCGCUGUCCUGCAUCAACGAACUCAACAACAUCCGGCCAAUCUCGGUGAUCUACAACAAGCAGCGCGUGGCGGCCAGCGGGGUCUCCCUCAACACCAGCUCUGACUUUCUGGUGGGCUGCGACUGCACCGACGGCUGCAGGGACAGGUCGGCAUGCUCCUGUCACCAGCUGACCAUCCAAGCCACAGCCCUGUCACCAGGGGGACCUGAGGACGUCAACGCCGGCUACAAACACAAGAGGCUGGAGAAACGGCUCUCCACAGGUAUAUAUGAGUGUAAUUCACUGUGCCGCUGUGACCCACGGAUGUGCUCUAACCGGGUGGUGCAGCACGGCCUUCAGCUGCGGCUACAGCUCUUCAUGACCGUGGGGAAGAGCUGGGGAAUCCGCUGCCUGGAUGACGUUGCCAAGGGCACCUUCAUCUGCACUUACACUGGGAUAAUCAUGAACAAGAAGAGUUUGGGCACAGAGGGAAACAUGUACAUGGUCAACCUGAACCACAUAGAGGGAGCUGAGAGCAAGGAGGGCUACGAGAGUGAGGCCCGCCGCUCUGACAAGGAGUCAGGUUCAGAAGAAGAGCCCGUAGAAGACGUCAACAGUGAACAUGAUGACUGUGAUGGAGGUGAUGAUUUGAGCAAUGAUGAGGAAGAGAAGGGAAACCAUGAGAAAGUGCAGCGACGUAUGAAGAAGAACAACUCGGAUGACGAAGAUGAAGAACAACUCAGUGAUGAUAAUUAUGAAGACAAGGACUACGAUGUCAGUGAAGAUGAUGGCGACUCUGAGUUCAGGCACAACGUCUCCUCUAUGGAGAGGAGCUACAUCACACGCAGGCAUGCCAAAAUACUACAGGAGGACCCAGCGAAGAAAUCGGGCUCUGAUGACAAAUCUUCUGACCAGCAGGAUGGUAAAGCAGAGGGAAAUGACAAGGAGGCCUCAAACGCCACAAGGCGUUUUUUUGAUGGCGAGGAGUCAUGCUACAUAAUUGAUGCAAAGCUGGAGGGGAAUGUGGGUCGCUACCUCAAUCAUAGCUGCCACCCAAACCUGUUUGCGCAGAAUGUUUUUGUGGACACACAUGACCUUCGAUUCCCCUGGGUGGCCUUCUUCGCCAGCAAGCGCAUCAGAGCUGGUACAGAGCUGGCGUGGGAUUAUAAAUGUGAGCUUGGUAUGAAAAGGUCGUCAAGAAUCCUAAAUUGUCGUUGUGAUCCAGAGUGCAGGGAAAAGUUAUGAACGGCCUGACAUCUUCUUCCAGCUUCACCGCUGAAGUAAAUGUAUGAAUAUACUGUAAUAGUCCAAAGUUUUUGUUCAUAUUACGAUUCUUAAAUUGUGCUUUUAAUAAAUUAAUUCUGAAGUAUUGAAA